AUGGGACAAGUUACACGGGAACGUUUCUCUCUGGGGAGGCGGGGAUGCAUCGAUGAGCGCAAGCUGACCGACUGGAUUAUAAAAGUAAAAAGCGCCAUUACUCAAAAGGCGAAGAAAAGGAAGUGCAAUCUCAUGUUGCCGCUUCGUUUCCGUCUUUGGGCAAAGUUUCUUUUUAUCACCUGUUCCUCAGUUUGUUCGUUUUUUUUGCUCUCUCUCUCUCUCUCUUUCUGUUUUUUCCCACCUUGGGUUCUUUCUUCCUCCUCCCCAGCUUGUGCUCUUCUCCUCCCCAAUUUGAACUUAAAAUUUCUCCUUACUUUGGGUCUCUCUCACUUCCUUUCUUCCCCAUUUGGGUUCUUUCUUUCUUCUCUCCUCCUAACCUUGCUCUCUCUAUCUCUCUCCCUCCUUCUUCUCCUCCCCACUUUGCACUCUGUCUUCUCCCCAUUUUGCACUCUCUCACCUUUCUCUCUUCUACAUUUUGUGCUCCCUCUCAUACUUCUCCUCCCCCUCUUUGGGUUCUCUCUCACUCCGCUCUUCCCUACUUUGAGUCUCUCUCACUUGCUUACCUACUUGGGUUCUUUCUUCCUCCUCUCCUCCCCACCUUGCUCUCUCUCUCCCCUUCUCCUCCACCCCCACUUUGCACUCUCUCUCCUUCCUCUCUUCCACACUUUGUGCUCUUUCUCACACAUCUCCUCCCCACUUUGA